GACCCAAAAGCACGUUGAAAUGUUUACGGUUUCUGCAUCUUCAAAUUGUAUAUUUUAUUUGACGUUUCACCUGCUCCAAAGUCUUAAUUAACUAACGCAACGCAAUAACUGUCUUAAAAAAGACACAUUUUUAGUGGCUUAAAUAUAAAGCUGCAGUACUAAGUUACAAAGUGAUGUCCUCCUUCGUAGUUCCAGUCAUUGAUGUUCACAAUGACAAUUUUAAGGAGCUUUGGCCUGCUAUGGUUGUUGCAUUGAAAACCUCUUCCUUUAUUGCUCUUGACACCGAGCUGAGUGGUCUUGGGAACAGGAAAUCUCUACUAGCUGAAUCUAUAGAGGACAGGUAUAAGGCCAUAUGUCAUGCUGCUCGCUCUCGCUCCAUCCUCUCUCUUGGUUUCGCAUGCUACAAACUACUAGACAACAAGCCUGCAGACUCGUACUUGGUCCAAGUGUAUAACCUGACUCUACUGUGCUCAGAGGAGUACAUCAUCGAGCCUCAGUCUGUGCAGUUUCUUGUGCAGCACGGCUUUGACUUCAAUAAACAGUAUGCUCAUGGGAUCCCUUAUCUCAAGGGCAAUAAUAAGGCAGGAUCUGACUACCAGGGGGUUCACAUCAGGGCUCUGUUCACUGAACUUCUGCGUGCUCGAAAACCAUUGGUGCUCCACAAUGGCCUCAUUGACAUGGCCUUUUUAUACCAGAGUUUUUAUGCUCAUCUGCCUGAGCAACUGGUGACCUUCACAGCUGAUCUGUCAGAGAUGUUUCCUGCUGGUAUUUACGAUACCAAAUAUGUCACUGAGUUUGAGCUCAGGCUAACAGCAUCCUACCUGGAGUAUGCCUACAAGAAAUGUAAACUGGAUAACAUUCGUGGUUUGGCCUCUGGAGCUGCUGGUCCUCAUGUCCAAGUGGAGUUCUGUCAGUAUAGCGGUCAUAUGUCCAGCUAUGUGGACUUCAGAGAGUGCCCAGAUGUAAUCUCAUCAGAGGGACAGACUGAAAUAUGUGAACGCUUCUCUGCUUUUGGUUGGUGUCCAAAUGGCACACAGUGUCCAUUGUCCCAUGACACUGACCUCAUUGUCCUCCAAGAUGAAAAGAACAAGGAGGAUAAAAGAAAAAAGAGGAAGCGACAAAGAAAUAAGAAGAAAGGAGGAGAGAAUACAGAGGAUUCAUCUAUUUUUGAAGGUGCACCAGAAAACAAAAUACCCCACAUGGAAAUAGAUGUCCAAGAACAGUCUAUCGAUGGGCCUGUUGCAAAUAAGACAGAUGAAAACAAAUCUGUUACAACCAGCCACCUCCCAGACCUCCCAGCUGAUACUGACAAUAGUGUAGAAAGCAUGAAUAAAGAUGUAUUGAAAAAGUCCCCUAUCCUCUCACCACAGAAAAAGAAACAAGACACAGGGACACACAGGGCUGGGUUUGAUGCUUUUAUGACAGGAUACAUAUUUGCUCAUUCUUGUGUCACUGACCGAAAAACUGAGGAGGGGGCGACUAGGAGUGAACAACCAAAGCAGGACAUACAACAGUGGCUUCCUAGUUGUCUCAAUAAGGUGUACCUCAGCGGCAAAUCUGUCCCACUAAACAUAGUCAAAAGCACCUUUGCCAAGUCAUCCAAAGCACAUGUGCAAAAAAUGGAGAGAGUGUGGGAAUCAAGACAGUAGUGGUUUUGAAUUUAACUUUUCUUUUUUGUUUAAUUCUGUUUUAGUCAUGCCAUAAUGCACCUUUGUUCACUUUUUUCCUUCACAAUUAUGACUCGAUACAAUACUGGAUUAUAACAAACGAUUAAGACCUUCAAAUUAAUUUAUAAACAGGUUGGUUUAAGAAAGUGUAAAUUAUAUUGUGCAACAAAGAUCACAAAAUACAUCUUAAUUUUGUAUUGUAGUGCAUGCUUGUAGCUUUUCUGUAAAUUUUGAGACUAUUUCUUACAUUUUACACUUUAAGCAACAUGCCAACAAAUAAAACUUUUUUUCUCUUUA